AUGCCCUCCUCAACCGAAGGCCUCGAGCUAGCCCAGCUCGCAUUUUACGUCCUCACAUCCCUCCCCGCAAUUUACUGCCUCAUCCGACACGGACGAAUCGGCCUCUUAGGGUGGAUCUACGUAUUCGCCAUGUGCGGUUUGCGGUUGGUGGGUAAUGGAAUCGCAUACCACUCUCUUUCCACGACUGGUGAGCCCAAUCGAGCGGCAUCUAUCAUUAGUGGUAUCGGUCUUUCGCCGCUAUUGCUCGCUGCGCUUGGUAUUCUUCACGAAGCCAACCACUCCAUCCAAUCAACCCUCCCCGCCAUCCUAAGCGGCUUCGGCAUGUUGAUCCCUCACAUCGUUAUCGGAGGUGGAAUCGGUCUUGCGGCUGCCAGUGGAAGUCACACUGUCUUGCUGAAGGUCGGACUCAUUGUUUUCGCGACGGGUUGGAGUAUGGUUGUGGCGCUGGUGCUUGUUUCUGCGAAGGCAAAUGCCACUCAUCGCCGACUGGGUAAGGAGAGGAAGGUAUGGUUUGCUACUCCCAUUUCAGCUAAGGAUUCAUCUAAUGAGUCAAAUGUGAAGCUCUUGUUUGGGAUUAUGAUUGCCCUGCCGCUCAUUGGAAUCCGUCUGAUUUACGCUAUUGUUGUUGCGUUCAAGUAUGGUAGUCCUUCUGGUGGAAGCCUUGCUGUUGAGGUUAUCUUUGGGACUCUUCCGGAGUUUUUGGUUAUGAUUACGUAUCUUUCUGCUGGGAUUGUUACGCGCAAUUUGGCGAGUGGUCGAAAUGAGCGGGGGGUUGGGCCGGCUUAUGACUCUGCCUAUGUUUCUGUAUGA